AUGCCUGACGAGCCCGACACAACACAGGCAUUGAGACACCUCGUGGUUCGACCGGCACCAUUUUCUGCCGAACGUCCGGAGCUUUGGUUUGCUCAACUCGAAGGGCAAUUUCACCUCUCAGGUAUCGAAUAUGAACUCGACAAAUUCCACAUGGCUGCCGUCCACCUCGACACGCAUGCCGCAGCUGAGGUUCAGGACAUCAUACUGCAUCCACCUGCUCAAACUCCAUAUAAGGCAUUAAGAGAAGCCCUCGUGGAGAGACUCACGGCUUCACAGGAGGCAAGACUACACCAACUCCUGGACAAAGAGGUUCUCGGUGAUCGUAAGCCCUCACAAUUUUUAAGACAUUUAAAAUCUCUUGUCGANAAGGUUCUCGAUGAUCGUGCUGCAACAACACAGGCACCCCUUCACGAAUUUCUUCAAGGUUCUAACGUAAAAGGGUCUCAUCCAGUUCCAUGGACUACAGAAGGAGAAGCCGCCUUCAAUGCCUCUAAGAAACAACUGCAAGAUGCAACGCUGUUAGUGUACCCAGAUACGUCACUACCGUGGGCUGUUUUUACCGACGCGUCCGAAUUUGCUAUCGGCGCCGUUCUUCAACAGCGCAGAGGUACCGUCUGGGAGCCGCUUGCCUUCUUCAGUAAGAAGCUUCAACCUUCCCUCAGGAAGCGAUGCCCAUAUGACAGAGAGCUUCACGCAAUUUAUGAAGCAGUUCGUAAGUUCAGGGAUAUUUUUGAAGGUCGUCGCGUGACCAUUUAUACUGAUCAUAAACCGCUGCUGCAUGCUUUCAAACAAAACCCUGAUAAAGCAAAUCCUUGGCAGUUCCAUCGCCUUGAUUUUAUCGGUCAGUUUUCAACAGAUAUUCAGCAUGUCGCAGGUAAAGAUAACGUUGUUGCCGACGCCUUAUCGAGAAUCGAAGUCAUAUCCAUAGCAAUCUCGACGGCCGAACUAGCACAGGCACAAGCNUAUCGAAGGCAUAUCCACAGCAAUCUCGACGGCCAAACUAGCACAGGCACAAGCAGCAGAUGCCCAACUCCAAGAACGUCUGCAAGACCCGAAUGGCGUCCUUCAACUACGACCUAUCAACAUGCCANCACGUGGCAUCGCCGAUUCAAGACUUUCCCGGGGGAAGAACAAGACGCUUCGAACACAUUCAUGUCGACAUCAUCGGACCAUAUGUACCGUCCAGAGGUUACCGUUAUUGCCUGA